AUGAGUCCAAAUGCUCAUUUCCCCUGUUGCCUGCAACGACACCCCCCCCUCCUCCCUGCAAGUCCCCUUCGUGAUUCUCCCCCUCUUCCUCCAUCUGCCUCAUGUAGUAUCAGCAGCGCUCGCAGCUGCUGUGCCUGCUGUGGUGGUGGUGCUGAUGGUGCUAGAGGGUGCGCUGGUGCUGCUGGUGGCGCUGCUGGUGGCGCUGCUGGUGGGGAUGCUGGUGGGGAUGCUGGUGGGGAUGCUGGCGCUGGUAUCGGUGGUGGGUGGGAGGGAAGAGGAGGCGAGCGCGGGAUCGAAGAGAGCAGCCAAGUUGUUGGCUUGAAGCUGCGUGCCAACGUGGUGUGGGGUGAAGGGCGGGAACAUAGAGGGUGGGGUGGAGCAUGGGGGACAGCGCAAGGGGGGAGAAAGAGGAGCACUCACCACUCGCCCUCCCCCCAAUGCUCCUCUCAGCACUCACCACUCGCCCUCCCCCCAAUGCUCCUCUCAGCACUCACCACUCGCCCUCCCCCCAAUGCUCCUCUCAGCACUCACCACUCGCCCUCCCCCCAAUGCUCCUCUCAGCACUCACCACUCGCCCUCCCCCCAAUGCUCCUCUCAGCACUCACCACUCGCCCUCCCCCCAAUGCUCCUCUCAGCACUCACCACUCGCCCUCCCCCCAAUGCUCCUCUCAGCACUCACCACUCGCCCUCCCCCCAAUGCUCCUCUCAGCACUCACCACUCGCCCUCCCCCCAAUGUUCCUCUCAGCACUCACCACUCGCCCUCCCCCCAAUGCUCCUCUCAGCACUCACCACUCGCCCUCCCCCCAAUGCUCCUCUCAGCACUCACCACUCGCCCUCCCCCCAAUGCUCCUCUCAGCACUCACCACUCGCCCUCCCCCCAAUGUUCCUCUCAGCACUCACCACUCGCCCUCCCCCCAAUGCUCCUCUCAGCACUCACCACUCGCCCUCCCCCCAAUGCUCCUCUCAGCACUCACCACUCGCCCUCCCCCCAAUGCUCCUCUCAGCACUCACCACUCGCCCUCCCCCCAAUGGUCCUCUCAGCACUCACCACUCGCCCUCCCCCCGAUGCUCCUCUCGCUCUCACAGCCUCUCUGAAAAACUCGGGCAUGGUCUUCCCUGAGGCGAGUUGA